CGGAGUGUUUGGUCUCGUCGUGUACCGCCAGCCGUCUUUUUCGUGACUCGUCCAAGUCGACCAUGAAGGUUGGAAGUUGAUGUGUCCAACAGCAUCAGACAUGUCAGUCCACUGCCUCCUGCGCUGCACCGCCAGGCUGGAAAGAAGACGUGUGGCCACGUGUCUGUUCCAGCAGAGGGCUCUGUCGGGGGCGGACGCCAUCAAUGCCCUCCGACCGUUUUACUUUGCCGUCCAUCCCGACUUCUUUGGUCAACAUCCCAAGGAGCGGGAAGUGAAUGAAAAUUCCUUAAAGGGAUUAAAUGGCUAUUUGGAAAACCUUCAGAAGCCUGGCUCACGUUUUGUUCAGCCAGUGAAGCUGACAUUUUAUGUACGAGACACAAAGAACAGCGGUGACAUCCACGCUUCAGGCUUCCGUUCAGUGACAUUUGUGCUGCAUACAGAUGACGUCCUGAGCACGGUGACUAAUGUGUUGAAGUCCUGCAGUCUGCCUAUGGAGCACAUGAAGGGACUUGAAUCGGACGCUGGAGCCGCCAAAGGUCCGUCUGGAGGGACUGUUCCUUUUUACAGGGCCAUCAAGUGGGACAAGAGCUACUACACCUUCACUGGCUUCGCAGACCCUGAGGAGGAACUGCAUCAGGCCAGAAGAGUGGAGCCUCGGCUCUGCUUGUGGCUUCAAAACAAUGAGCCAGAGGCUUCAAAGAAGCACAAGGAAAGUCUUCCUCGGAGAGACGAACUGAAACGGUUGAAAGAGGAACUGUGCCGCAAAUUUGACCUGGCUGACAUCAGGUGGCAGCGCAGCUGGGGCGUGGCCCACAGGUACUCUCAGCUUCAGAGCCUGAGCCGAUUGUCAGUGCAGAAUCUGGAAGCCAUGAUGAACCUACAAGGUCACACGGUCAUUUUUGCUGACCAAUCAGAGAUGAGCGCCUCUGGACACGUUCUGUUGGGAACCAUGGACGUUCAUCAUCAGUGGACCAAACUGAUUGAGCAGCUUCCCAGCUUCUGCAGCCUGCAGCAGCAGACCGAGUGGCUCAAGGAGAGGAUCAGCCUCCUCCUAGGGGGGACCCGGGUGGUUCACAUGGAGCGGCUGAGACCAGUCCAGCCCAUAUUGGAGCUCUACGAUGCUCUCAACACCUUCCACAGCAAUCUCAUUUCCAGGAGGCUGAGUCUACACCCCAGAAGUCUGGAGGGGCUCACCAUGACAUUGGAGAAGGAGUGUUCUAGUCCCAGACUUCAUGAGAUGGGACACUUCAUCAUACCGACCAACUGUGACCCUCAAAGCCUUCAGGCCUUCCUCCUGAGCCACGCCUCCAAGGCUAGACAACGAACUCAGCGUAGAAAUUUGUUGCUGGCAGAGGAAGAGGCUGUCAAGAAGCUGUGUCUCCAGAGCUUUUCUCUCCGGACUCUGUCCAAGGAGCCCAGUGUCACCUCCAGUCAGAUGAUUCUUUGCUGUAAAAGGUUAUUGGACAAUCGCUCACCUCUCAUGCAGGGCCUUCAUAUCCGUGUUUCCCAUUUCUACUCGGUGAUGCAGGACGGGGACCUGUGCAUCCCCUGGGACUGGAAAAGUUGAGUCAAGACUUAGGUUUUGCCAGAUGCCGUAUAAUUCUGAUUUUCGGAAAGAUGCGAUAUCCGUUGGUUUUCACUGGAGUUUGUGAAGAAAGUUCAGCGGUCGGUCAGUUCAAGGUAACUAAGUAGGAAUCGGUUCAAAGUAAGCACUUUAAUCACUCUUGAAGUCAAGAAGGAGCCAUGGCAAGUAUACUUGACUGUUAUCAUGAGCAGUUUUGGAAUCUGUGCAAUCAGUCAGGUGAACGCAAGUCCAACUUUACAGGCAGGUCAGUUUUUAGGACUUGUGUUGUGAAGGUUUAUUGUGCAGAAGUUUUUAUAAAAUAGUGUUACGGAAAUUAAACCCCGACUUUUGAGUGCAUAAGUGAAUUUGUGCUGAGGAAGAAGUAGACUAUUGUCAUGGACACUUCUUUAAUCUUCUGCAUCAUGGCUACGUACCGUAAGAGAAGAAAUUGAAAGAAUGGCGACCCCUAGUGGAGGAAAGUAGCGAAUGUUGUGUAAACAGGAGGUCAAGGUGACUUGUAACAUUUCCUGCAAACGUCUUUACCCGUUUAAGAAAACAUAAAUUUACUAAGUUAUUUUGUUGAUUCAAACGAGUUGUUGUUGAUUCAAACGAGUUGUUACGGACUCAUCUUAGCAUACUUGCCAACCCUCCCGAAUUUUCCGGGAGACUCCCGAAUUUCAGUGCCUCUCCCGGGACAACCAUUCUCCCGAAUUUCUCCCGAUUUCCAGCCGGACUUAAGGCACGCCCCCUCCAGGUCCGUGCGGACCUGAGUGAGGACAGCCUGUCGUCACGUCCGCUUUUCCUUCAUAUAAACAGCCUGCCGGCCCAGUCACGUUAUAAUAUCUACGGCUUUUGGCGAGUGCACAACUGCACACACAACAAGGAGACAAAGCAGAAGAACGAAGAAGAGACCGUCAUGGCGACGACGAGUGACAGAGAAUAGACCGAGGAUGGACAAUUCACCCCUAAACUCACUCCUUUCCUGCCAAUUAAAUUUCACAGAUGCUGCCUGUAAUAGAGUGAUCUAAGUUGUUUGUUGCCAUCUCCUGGUGAAUGUUGAGUAUAGUGUUCUGUGGUUACUUUUUGGUUGGCCAACUGUUUACGCUGUAUUGCGCAUCCUGAUGGCAAGUGUGGGAGUCUGUUGCAUUGCAUUGCACUUUCAAAUACAACAAUGAAUAGAGCGUUAUGUGUGUGUAUAUGUGUAAAUAAAUGAACACUGAAAUUCAAGU